AGAGAGAGAGAGACAGAGAGAGACAGAGAGAGACAGAUAGAGAGAGAGAUAGACAGAGAGAGAGAGAGAAACAAUGAUGGGGAGCUCGUAGCCAGCAGCUCUGACUAUGUCUUUUAUUUAACGAGGGGUCCUCGCACGACGCCGAGCUGACGCUGCAGCGAGCUGGAGAACAGAUUGAAUCGUUUGUCCCCUAAACACUGACGGGUCUGGAAAGGACAGGGAAGAUGAAGUUCGCUCAGUUUUUGCUGAAGAGCGGCUCUGUCGCAGGGAUACCAAAACAAGUGGAGAGGUUCGCUAAGUUCUCCCCCUCGCCCUUAUCCAUGAAGCAGUUCAUCGACUUCGGCUCUGCCAAUGCCUGUGAGAAGACCUCGUUUGUGUUCCUGCGGCAGGAGCUUCCUGUCCGACUGGCCAACAUCAUGAAGGAGAUUGAUUUCCUCCCCGACAAGCUCCUCGGCACUCCAUCCCUAAAACUCCUCAUAAGCUGGUAUUCCCAGAGUUUGUUGGAGAUUGUAGAUUUCUUAGAGAAGGAUCGGGAUGAUAAGGAUGUCCUGACAAACUUUACGCAGACUCUGGUGAACGUCCGUAAUCGGCACAACAACGUGGUGCCCACCAUGGCACAGGGUGUGGUGGAGUACAAGGACGCCUUUGGCGUGGACCCCGUCACCAACCAGAACGUCCAGUACUUCCUGGACCGCUUCUACAUGAGCCGCAUCUCCAUACGCAUGCUCAUGAACCAGCACACACUAAUCUUUGAUGGCAGUGUGAACCCAGCCCAUCCUAAACAUAUUGGCAGCAUCGACCCCAGCUGUGACGUUGUGGAGGUAAUAAAAGAUGCCUAUGAGGCUUCACAGAUGCUUUGUGAGCAAUAUUACCUGACCUCACCUGACGUGGAGAUUACAGAAGUCAAUUCCAAAAACCCUGACCAGCCCCUCCACAUUGUCUACGUGCCGUCCCAUCUCUACCAUAUGCUGUUUGAGCUUUUCAAGAACGCCAUGAGAGCUACAAUAGAGACCCACGAGAUGAGCCCAACGUUGCCCCCCAUCAAAGUGCGAGUCUCACUGGGAACUGAAGAUCUCACUAUCAAGAUGUCUGACAGAGGAGGCGGAGUCCCGCUGAGGAAGAUUGAGCGUCUGUUCAGCUACAUGUACUCCACGGCUCCGAGUCCAGUCCACGAAGACAACGCUCGCAACGCCCCUCUGGCUGGUUUUGGCUAUGGCCUGCCCAUCUCCCGUCUGUAUGCCAAGUACUUCCAGGGAGACCUGCAGCUCUACUCUAUGGAGGGUUACGGCACCUCCGCUGUCAUAUACUUAAAGGCCUUGUCCUCAGAGUCCGUGGAGAGACUUCCUGUUUUCAACAAGUCCGCCUUGCGGCAUUACCAGACGAGCAUAGAGGCUGACGACUGGUGCAUGCCCAGCAGGGACCCAAAGAAACUGGGCAAUACCAAGAGGAUUCUGUGAUGGUGGACGGAAGUCAAGGACAUUUUUAUAGUUUAAAUUAAAGGAUCAUUGAAUUGAAAGGAAAAGGUCCCUCGUGGAAGAAAUGGACUGUAGCGGAUGAAGGCACAGAGGCUUUCAGCAUACUCCUGGACCUGGAUUUGGGUGAAUGUGGAUCGUUGGUGUCAAGAAUCAGAGAAAUGCACCGAAAUAGCUGAACUGAACUACCACUACCAGCCCCAAGGCAUUUUAAUAUAAUUAUGUUGUAAGAUGAUUACAGGCUGCUGACGGUAAUAGAAUAUAAAUCUUAUUUUGCCAUACUCACCUUUCAGUUCUAAUAACCUAGCUAUACUUCCUAAGUAAGCAUGCCGUUUGUGUUUGUGUCAAUUUUUUCUUUCAAAACAUAUAAUUUUAGAACCGUAAGACUGCCAAAUUCUCUGUUUAAUUAAAUUCCCGGGUAAAGUUUU